GCGGGGCAGCGCAGCGUCGCCGUGCCGAGCCGUGCCCUGUCGGGCCGUGCCGUGCCGAGCCGUGCCGGGCUGAGCCGUGCCGUGCCGAGCCGAGCCGAGCCGUGCCGAGCCGGGCGAUGGCCCCGCACCAGCCCAGCGCCGGGCAGUACCUGCGCUCCGACAGCGGCGGCUCCGAGGUCCGUAUGCUGCCGGAUGGCCCCGGGCCGGGGGGGGCGCGGCGGCGGCGGCGGUGCGGGCCGCUGUGGGGCAGCGUGGCGGUCAUGGCCAUCCUGGCCCUGCAGAUCGCCUCCACCACCGGCCUCUUCGUCUACUUCACCAUGGCCAUCUCCAAGCUCAAAGCCCAGGCGCCAGGAAGCGCGGAGGAGCUGCGCUGUCUGCAGGCCAUCAACCAGCAGCAGGAGGGCUCCAGCCUGGAGGAGCUGAUCAGCAACCAGUCCUGCCUCAAGCUGGCCAACACCAUCAAAGCCUAUGUGGCCACGGUGACGGAGAACAUUAUCCGCAGGAGCGCGGUGAAGGAGACACGGCAGAGAUACUUCAACACCUCGGAGGGGCAGGUUCCCCCCAGAACAGCCGGCAAGCCCUCGGCGCAUCUUACCCUCCGCCCACAGAGCCUGGCCCAGGACGGAAACUCCAAGGACUUUGGGAACCUCUCCCAGUCCUGCCGCAACGCCAUCACCCACUGGGAAGACAACACCAUCCACUCACACCUGCAGAACAUCACCUACCGGGACGGCCGGCUGCGGGUCAACCAGGCGGGCAAGUACUACAUCUACUCCCAGAUCUACUUUCGCUACCCCAAUGAUGGGGCCAAUGCCCGACUCUCCGGCUCCCAGCUUGUGCAGUGCAUCAACUGGAAAACCUCCUACAGCCAGCCCAUCCUUCUGCUCAAAGGGGUUGGCACCAAGUGCUGGGCACCCGAGGCAGAUUACGGGCUCCACGCUCUCUACCAGGGGGGACUGUUUGAGCUGAAGGUUGGUGACGAGCUCUUUGUUUCCGUCUCCUCCUUGGCCAUCAACUACAACGAUGCAGCAGCCAGCUACUUUGGGGCCUUCCGGCUCGACCUGUGACAGCUGCCUUGCCUCCCACCUUCCUGCUGCUCCUGCCCAUCAACUCUGCCGGGUGGUCCAGGGGCACAGCUAUUCCAACAGGACAACAGCUGAACGGCGGGGCGGGGGGGGGGGGGGGGGGGGGGCUUCCCUGCGUGUGUUGUCCCCAGCAGUGAGGGAUGGGCCAGAGGAGGGCACGGGAGGUGGCUGCCCGCAGGGACCCACUGUGCUCGGUGCCACCUGGGGCCACACUGUCCAGCUGGGAGGAAGCCCAUGAGCCACAAAAGGUCUCCGAGGGCGCAUGGGAAACAUGCACAGUGUAGGGACAUCCCAGUCCUGGUGGCACGUCACCUCCCUGGCUCCCAUCUGAGCAAAUGGAGCAGGGAGCACUGAAGGGCUCCCUGCUGCAGGAGAGGCACUGGGUCACAUCUGCAACCAUGUCACCGUGGCAGGGUGACCCUCUGCCUGUCUGACCCCACAUCUGGCAGGGGCAGACCCAGCCAGCCAGGCUGCGGGUGCUGGGGGACCCUGAGCUGGAGGCGCUGGGACAGAAGCCAGGGUUAGCGGUGAGUGUCCGCACGGCAAAGCCUGGCAGGUACGAGGCGGGGCCAGCGUCAGCUUCUGGGAAGGAAUGAAGGAGUUUUGGUUUGGGCUAACUAGAAACCUGGAGCAAUGCCAGCUAUACGUUUCAGGGGAGGUCAAAGAGCAGGACCACGAAGCUGGAGUAGUCACCAGCCCAAGCAACCGCACCCAGGCACAUGGCAGAGAGACACGUUUUGCCCGAGCCAAGCUGCACAGCACCAUCCAGCCCAGGAGCUGGCCAUCACACCUCCCCCUUUGGUUCUGACCAAGCAUCUCUUGGGGUCUUCGGUCCUCCCAGCGCUGCUAGGCCAGCGCAGCCACCCGCUUGCUCACUUCUUUAGCCCCGGCAGUCGUUAACCUGCAGGAUUUCAACUCAUGGGUGAGCGCUGGACCCAGAAGGAACAAGACCAGCCCCUUGGUGUUAAGGGCUGUGUCAGAUGCAAAAGGUGGGUUCAAGCAGGGCAAAGUGUGGUCAAGCUGGCUGGGCCCACAGACUCUGGGGUGGGUGCAGCACCCUUUGUAAUUACCCGUAUACUCUCUGUAUCAAUAAGACUCGGUGUGCAUGGAGAGGACAGCACGUCUCCCAUGCCUCCCACAAAGAGGCUCAAGACUUCCCACACUCCCACGAAGGCUGUGAGCACCCCCAUGCUGGCUCAGCUGCAGAGGGGGUUCUCGGUGCUGGUUUAAAUAAAGCCUGUACUCCA